AUGCAAUGCAACACCACCACAAACUCCAAUAAGCUUUCGCCUAUCAAUUUGCAGCUGGGUUGGCCUUCUCCCCGACUUUUUGCAGCUAGUGGUCUCCUAGAUGGCGCUACUCAAGUUCUAACCUCAGAGGUUGAAACCGCAGCUGCGCUUAUCUACGGGCCUCAUGUUGGGCAUCCGCCGUUACGCAAAAGUGUUGCAAAAUGGCUCUCUUCUGUCUACGACACGGAGAUGGACCAUGAGCGGAUUUCUAUCAACAACGGUGCGUCGGGUAAUUUGGCUAACAUUCUACUCAAAUUCACCGACCCCCUUUACACCCGCAAAAUCUUCAUGGUCGAACCAACGUACUUCCUCGCUUGCCCAAUUUUCGAAGACAAUGGUUUCCAAGGCAAGCUUAGAGGUGUGCCCGAAAACAACACAGAGGGAAUCGACAUCGAGUUUCUUAGCCGCGAAUUGUCGAAAGCCGAGACCGAAGCUCAAGCAAUGGCAAACUUUCAAGCCGAUCAAGCUGACGAGCCGACCUUGAAGGUUGGUAGAUCGUACCCAAAGAUCUACAAAUAUGUCAUCUACCUCGUUCCGACCUUUUCGAACCCUAGCGGAAAGACGCUCUCGUCCAAACUGCGCAAAGAUCUUGUGGUUCUUGCCAGAAAGUACGAUGCUCUCAUUGUGUCCGAUGACGUCUAUGAUUUCCUGAGGUGGCCGGAUGGCCCGCAUGCUCAAGGUUGCGUUGUUGCUGCUGUCCCACAGAGACUGGUAGACAUAGAUCGUAGUAUUCCUGGCUACAGCACAUGGGGAAACACAGUCAGCAACGGAUCGUUUUCUAAGGUGAUCGGCCCUGGCGUGAGAGUCGGCUGGGCUGAUAGCACGCCAGCUUUUGCCAAAGAACUAGCGGAAGUCGGUUCCUCAAGCUCGGGUGGUGCGCCAUCACACCUUACGUCAACUUUUGUUGACAAAAUGCUCCGCAGCGGCAAUCUCCAAGCACACAUCAAAGAUGUUUUAAUCCCCACAUACAGAGAGCGGUACUAUGCUCUCAUGUCUUCCAUCACUGAUGUACUGCUUCCACUAGGAGUAGUUAAUGAAGUUCACACUCCCAAAAAUACUACAGCAGCGACAGUCGGUGGAUUUUUCACAUACCUCCGGCUUCCGGACGACCUGCCCCCCGCCCGAACUGUAGCUGCUAUAGCUCUAGAAAAGAACCUACUACGUAUCGCAUUUGGUCACAUGUUUGUCGUCACGGGGGACAAUGGUAGCGUUUUUAGAGCAGAAUCUAAAAAUGGCUUCUCUCAGUGUAUCCGGCUUUGUUGGGCAUGGCAUGAAGUGGACGAGAUAAAGGAGGGUAUCACAAGAUUGGCAGAUACGAUUAAUGAAAUCAGAACAAGAAUGAAGAGUGGAGAAAGGUUUGACGGGCAGGUUGCAAUUGGUAUAAGGUAG